AUAAACCAGAUAGCGACGGCGAGGAAGGAGGGGAGCGGACGGAGGGAGGGAUGCACGCCUGGGAAGGCGAGGAGAGGGGCGGCUAAGGCAGGCUUCCAGGAGGGUCCCAGAGCUGCGCGGGGCAUGGGAGGCGGGGCAGAGACCCUCGCGACUCUCCCCGCACCCCGCUUUUUCCUCGCGCGUUAAGGUUCCCCGCGAGCGGGUUUGUCUGCCCAACUCUAUAUCUCCCUUGCCCGCUUCGCACGACGACGCCGCAGCCCGUGACUGGGGAGCGUGUGGCGGCGUCCCGCUUGGCUUGGAGGCAGAGAAGUGUCAGGAGAAGGAGGAGGAGGAGGAGGAGGAGGAGGAGAGUUAGUCAGCGGAGGAGGGCACUCGGCGGAGUCAUGGAAAACACUCGGCAGCCGCCGCAAGAGCAACAACAUCUCGGCUGGCGGGGAGGGAGAGCCUGCGCGUCGAGACUGGACUGAGGCGGGCAGGAGGUCCGGGUGGCGUCGCCGCCGCCGCGUUGUUUGCGUGAGGGGUUGAGGAGGCCGAGUAGCAGCCGCAGUAGCCGCGGCGGCGGGUGUUCGCUCGCCUCCCUCUCCGGAGUCGCCGCGGCUUUCGGAGACGCGGGUUGUGGGGAGGAGAGAGAGCGGGAGCGAUGCGGCUGCUGCUGCGACAGCCUGCCUUGUCUUAGACCCGGUAGGGAGGGAGCAGCCGCUGAGGUGUACGCGAGAGCGGGACUGCGAGCCAGGCUCAUGCGGGGCAGGUGAGGGGCCGAGGAGGAGGAGUAGGACGGCAGCAGCCGGGAGCCUUUUAUUGGCCGCCGCGCGCGUCAGGCACAUUCGGGCGCCUCGGGAUCUCCGGCUCCGCGGGUGUUCGCGCCGCGAGAAGCGGGUGCCUAGGAGGGCCCGGAGCGCCGAAAGGGGCUGGCGGUUGCCGUUGACACGGGACUUAAGCGAUGGGACGGUGAAGAAGUCGCUUUCCAUCUCUCCUCUUCUCUCCCCCUCCCUCUCUAUUCCCCUCUCGGCCGGGUUGUGUAAGGUGAGGGUCGAGCCGAGGCAGGUGGUGGUUGUUUUUUCCUUGCGCGGAGCUCAAUUCAGGUGCUGUUUUAUUUACCACGAACAGUGCGAGGCUUUUGUUGUUGCGCGUUUCAGAGGACUUAAGGAACAAAGUGGACCAUUGCGCUGCGCGGCUUCCCCGUCUCCUCCUCCUCCCCCUCCUCUUUUUUUUUAAAGCCCUCCCUCCUUUUAUGACAAUGAGCGUCGGCGGCUGUUGUCAGACUGUUUUUAUUUAGUCUCGGCGCGCGAGCAGGGAAUUUGGGGGAAGGAGGUCGGGAGCUCUGCCCUCCCUCUCCCUCUCCCUCUCCCUCUCCCUCCUCCUCCUCCUCCUCCUUCCUGCCUGGCUCCGUAGAACAGGUAAAACGCCAUGGACUCCAGCCUAGGUUGACCCUGCCCUGGGGCUCUGUGAUUCAGAGCCUUUUGAUUCGGGCCAGUGUGUGCAUACGCGUCGGGGGAAGUUUUAACUUUUUGUUGUCUGAGCUUUGGCCCAGGCAGGUUAUAAAUAGACCUGUUCAGACGCUGUGUUAAAGGACACACUGGCAAGAUCCAGAGAGAGAGGAGGAGGGAGGGAAGAAGGCAGGCAUUGGCCGGGUCUAGCUUCCCCCCCUCCCAGCAGACUUCUGCUGCCACCACAAUAAUUGCCAGGAGGAGGCCUAGCUGCUACAGAUUUUGGUGAGCUGUUAAGGAUAAGGGGGGAUUUUUAUUGUAUUAUUCCUGUAACAAUAGCAAAGAGAGAGAGAGAAAUUAGCUGCACACAGCAUUAGUGAGACUACAAAGAAGAGGGAGAGAAAAUAGCCUGGAUAAGCCCUUCCACCCCCCUUUUCCUUGAAGAAGAAGAAGAAAGAUUUGGACUGAAAAUGAAGCCUGACCGAGACACUCUGGAUGAAUACUUUGAAUAUGAAGCAGAGGAAUUCCUCGUCAACUUAGCUUUGCUGAUUACAGAAGGUAGAACACCAGAAUAUUCUGUGAAGGGUAGGACUGAAGGCUUCCACUGCCCUCCUGCGCAAUCAAGUCAGCCCGUAACAACUAAGCAUGAAUGCUGUGACAAAUUGGCCCAGUGUCGUCAAGCUAGGCGCACUAGGUCCGAGGUUACGUUGUUGUGGAAGAAUAAUAUUCCGAUCAUGAUAGAAGUUAUGCUACUUCCAGACUGUUGUUACAGUGAUGAAGGGUCUACUACAGAAGGAAAUGACUUAAAUGAUCCUGCAAUCAAGCAAGAUGCAUUGUUACUAGAAAGGUGGAUUUUGGAGCCAGUUCCACGACAAAGUGGUGAUCGAUUUAUUGAAGAGAAGACCCUCCUGUUGGCUGUCCGCUCUUUUGUGUUCUUUUCUCAGUUAAGUGCUUGGCUGAGUGUAUCACAUGGAGCAGUCCCUCGUAAUAUACUCUACAGAGUCAGUGCGGCGCAUGUGGAUCUUCAGUGGACAUUUUCCCAGACCCCAACUGAGCAUUUUUUCCCUGUUCCCAACGUUUCUCACAACGUGGCCUUGAAAGUCAGUGUCCAGUCUUUGCCUAGACAAUCUAACUAUCCAGUCCUGACCUGCAGUAUUCACACCAACCUUGGAUUUUAUGAAAAGGGGAUAGAAGAUCAUAAUGUACAUCAGCACUGUGAUUCCAUCAAGGCAGAGCAAUGCACUGUGCCCACCUCACAGCGUGCUUGCGGCAGAAUAAUGAGGACUGAAGGUUUGCUUGGUGUGAGAAAAGGCCCUGAGUUUAGUACAUCUGUUAAAAAUAUGAAACUUUAUCCACCAACUGGGCCUGUGUCUGACUUUGGGGCAUCGGAGUCUAAAGUUCAGUGCUACACGGCUUCUGUUGACAGCAAGAGGUUACUGCAGGAACCGUUAAAAUCAAUUUGUUUAGCUGAUUCCCACAUACAUAAUGGCUACUCUUCCCGCCAGCCAUUAGGAGAGUCUAUUCCUUUGAUAGGCUGCUUACUCCAAGAGCGGCAUGAAGUUAUAGCAAGAAUUGCCCAACAUCUGAUUCACUGUGAUCCAGCAACGUCACCCACCUUAGGGAGGCCAUACAACACAAAUGAUGCAGGUUUGGUUAGCUCAAAAGUUGCACGUUGUGCGUACGAAGAGGAGGGCUUGCAGAAGAAAGGAAGAGAAUUGUUCUCUUCUACUGCUGACUCAGAACUUCCUUCACCAGAAAAUAGCAAUGUUGGAAAACCUCGAAUAAUACCAGAAACACCAUUGUCAGAUGCCUAUGUUCCAAUGAACCAGUGCUCUCGCCAAACUAUAGAGGAAACCAACCCUCUGAUAAGCUCCUUACUUCAAGAGCGGCAGGAGGUCAUAGCAAGGAUUGCUCAACACCUGAUUCACUGUGAUCCACCCGUGUCUCAUGUUAGUCAUCCUGUGUUUAAUGUCCAUGAAAUUAGUUCAGUUAAUCCAAAGACUUUUCACACUUCCUGUGAAGAGGACAGCCCACUGAAGAAAGGAAAGGGAAUAUUUUCAGAUUCCUUCUCUAGUUCAAAAUUGACUUUCUUGGAAGACAACCAAAAAACAAGAGGUAAAACACCAGCAACCCCUUUGAAUUCAUUUAGAUAUGAUGUUGAAAUGAAGUUAUCUCCAAAAUCCCAAGCAAGAAGAAAACUCCUACUAGCAGAGUCUAAUGAAGUAGUCCAAAACACAUUUCAGCUGUCUCCUGUCAAUAGAAAUAAAAGUCAAUUAACCUAUACAAACCAAUCAUGUAGCGAAGAAGAUUAUAAAUCUGAACUGGCAGAUAAAUUAGAAUCUAUAAUUUCUGGUUGUUCCCAUAAAUCUCAAGUAGUAAAGAAAGGUAUUGCCAAGCAAUGUUCUGAUUUCAGUAGCACUGAUGAAGUAGUUUGCACAGAUAAACAUAAGGACAAAACAAUCACUAGCGAAAACAACAUCCCAGACUGUUCAAAUCCACUGUGGGAUCAGUCCAAAAUACCUGAAAAUAUAAAAGUGACUGUAACACAGGCACCUGAUAGUUUGCACAGAAAUGAACUUAAGCGCUUAAACAAAGACUCUAAACAACCAAAUAUUUGUGAACAAAGCUCCCAGCUGACUAGUAUUGAAAAUUAUUUACAUAGAGAUCAUGAAAGUUUCAAAUGCAAGAAUAAACAAGACAAAGUGAAAAAUGAACACGAUGAGAAUGAAGACCCAACAGACUAUGAAGUUCAAAAGCGUUCUCAGAAGAAGCUGGUUGGAGAAGGCUUGGUGGCUUUGUUUGAACAAAAGAAGAAUGCAGAGGUGCUGCGCACAGCACCACUCAAACAUGUGUUGCAUAGGAACAAUUUUCACCAUUUGGUUGGGACUUCUACGAAGGCUUUCCAUCCUCGAACUGGAUUGCCUCUACUUUCAAGUCCUGUUCCUGAAAGAAAAACACGAUCGGGAUGCUUUGAUUUAGAUACAUCAUUAUUACAAUUGAAAUGUUUGUCCUCCAAAAGCCCAGGAGGGUGUAUAAGGAGAGAGAGUGACCCAGAUGUUCAUGAGAAACCAUUUCUAAGUUCCAGUGCACCACCUGUAACAAGUCUUAGCCUCCUUGGAAACUUUGAGGAGUCUGUACUGAACUAUCGUUUGGAUCCCCUGGGCAUUGUAGAUGGCUUCACAGCUGAAGUGGGAGCAAGUGGGGUCUUUUGUCCAACGCACAUGACUCUUCCAGUUGAAGUUUCAUUCUACAGCGUUUCUGAUGACAAUGCACCCUCUCCAUAUAUGGGUGUAAUUGCUUUAGAGUCACUUGGUAAAAGGGGUUAUCGGGUACCUCCUUCAGGAACGAUACAAGUGACCUUAUUUAAUCCCAACAAGACUGUGGUGAAGAUGUUUGUGGUGAUAUAUGACUUACGAGAGAUGCCAGCCAAUCAUCAAACAUUCCUACGGCAAAGAACCUUUUCUGUCCCUGUGAGACGAGAAACAAAGAGAAGCAUUAAUAAAGAAAAUAUUCGACAUGCUGAAGAACGACUACUACGCUACCUCAUUCAUCUGAGGUUCCAGAGUUCUAAGUCUGGAAAGAUCUACCUCUACAGAGAUGUAAGACUCCUGUUCUCUCGAAAAUCCAUGGAAGUUGACAGUGGCGCUGCAUACGAACUCAAAUCUUACACUGAAUCUCCAACAAACCCUCAGUUUUCUCCCCGAUGUUAGCAAAAUGCAACAAUGAAAAGUAUUUGCUCAGUUACCAGAUUAUUAUUUAAUAAGAUGAACAAUUGGCAUAAAGUAAACUGUGUAAAAGUUUAAAAGUGAAGAAAGUGAUGGUGGUCAAAUGAGAGUCAAAGCUCUUCUAGGCUCUUGGACCAGUUCUUAAAAACACUUCUGGAAUGAGCUUUGUGUAUUCCAAGUAGACUGGAACAUACUUAGUCCUAAUCUUUUUAUACUGGUUAUAAACCACUUCAUUGGAUGUGUUGCAAUAGCAGAUUCCCAAAUUAGUUUAGUGUUUACACCUUAUUUUAUUUUUUGGUUAUUUAAUAUUUAAUGUUUCUUUUACUUAAGUGAUGUUUGUCUUUACUGUUCUAAUGUAGCACAAAUCCUAUGUAAAAUCAUACUACGUAUUUUUGACAUUAUUAUUGAAAUCUGAAAUAUAUACAGAAGUCUUUACUUUGUGUGAUGUGUUUUUAAGUGUAAGCUGCUUAAAAUAAGGAUGGGAUUUUGAACAUCCAUUGCAUUAUCAUACUAUGCAAGCAUGUAGGGCAGGAUGGGUUGUGUAUUCCCCCCCAUAUUGCUAAUUCCCUACCCCCACCCCAUGAUAGCACAUGAAACCAUACUGCAAAACUGUGGGACUACUCAUUCAAAUCAUGGACCCAACCUAUAAUAGCACCCCUUUCCCUCCUAAAAGACCCCUCAUCAAAGCCUUUCACAUUGUUCUAAUCAGUAUCAAAAUUUUACAUAACACUGCUGUCCCAUACCUGACUUUCUCAGACUGUGUUUGUUUUUUUAAAAAAAGAUGUACUGUGAAAACAAAGUAGUAUUUAUAUCUUAAAUAUAUGUGAAAAUGGCAA